CCAAGAGCGGCAGCACCAGGCCUCAGAUUUUAAACACGUGUAAAAUCGCCUAUAAAACUGUUUUUAACUCUCCAGGAACUUAAAAAAGGUGUAUGACAGUGCACCUCCAAGAGACUCGGGAAGAGGACGGUUGUUUGGGUUUUACAUGGAAAACUAUCGAACAUGGAAGACAAUGAACUAAUCCUAUUUUUAUGUUUGAUUGUUUUUGCUUAUAGGAUAAACACGAAAGUACUUAUUGAAAUUUUUGACUUUUUACCUAGGCGGCAACUUUCAUAACCUAACUUUGUUACUAUGUUGUUUAGGUUUUACUGUUUGACUUAUAAUGAUGAGUUGAUAUAGUAGUUACUAUUUGGAAACUCAUUAAUAAGGUGUGUGAAUUGGUUUUGUGAACUUUCUAUCUGUUUUGCAUUGAAGUUAAAGUAGAUACUGCAGUCAUGAAAAUGGCUUGGCAACCCCAAGAAGAAGGACUCAGGCAAAUUCUUUUGCUUCUUAAAGAGUCUCAAUCACCUGAUACAGCUACUCAGAUUGCGGUUCAGCAUAAGCUGGAGGAAUUGAACAAAUAUCCUGAUUUCAAUAACUACCUUAUUUUUGUCUUGACAAAGGUCACUACCGAAGAUGAACCCACUAGAUCUCUAAGUGGUUUAAUAUUGAAGAACAAUGUUAAAACAAACUAUAGUAGAAUUAGACCCGAAGUUCUCAACUUUGUUAAGGAAGCUUGUUUGACUGAUGUGGGUGAUCCUUCUCCACUUAUCAGGGCUACUGUUGGUAUAAUUAUAACAACGAUUGCUUCUAAAGGAGAAUUGACAACAUGGCCAGAAUUACUUCCAGCCCUGUGUAGUAUGUUGGACUCUCAAGAUUACAAUGUCUGUGAAGGUGCUUUUGGAGCUUUGCAAAAGAUAUGUGAAGAUUCUACUGAACUUUUGGAUAGUGAUGCUCUUAAUCGACCUUUGAACAUUUUGAUUCCGAAAUUUAUUCAAUUUUUUGGACAUUCCAGUUCCAAAAUUAGAUCCCAUGCUGUAGCUUGUGUCAAUCCUUUUAUAAUUAAACGAACUCAAUCACUUAUGUUGCAUAUAGAUUCCUUCAUUGAAGGGCUCUUCAGCCUAGCUAAUGAUAAUGAGCCUGAAGUUCGUAAAAAUGUUUGUAAAGCACUAGUUAUGUUAUUAGAAGUUCGAAUUGAUAGGCUUAUUCCACAUCUGCACAACAUAAUUGAAUACAUGUUGACAAGAACUCGAGACGGUGAUGAUAGUGUGGCUUUGGAAGCCUGUGAAUUUUGGCUAUCUUUGGCUGAUCAACAGAUUUGUCGUGAAGUGCUUAGCCCACAUCUAGCUACAUUAGUUCCUAUAUUAGUCAAUGGAAUGAAAUAUUCAGAAAUCGACAUCAUACUCUUGAAAGGUGAUAUUGAAGAAGAUGAAAUGAUCCCUGAUAAAGAAGAAGAUAUCAGGCCUAGGUUUCAUAGGUCUAAAACGCACACCAUCAAGCAACACCCUCCAGACAAUGGAGGAGGCAGUGAUCAUACUGAUGAUGAUGAUGAUUGUUUGGAUGAUGAUUCAUCUCAAUCAGAUUGGAAUUUAAGAAAAUGUAGUGCUGCUGCAUUGGAUGUUCUAGCCAACAUUUUUCGAGAUGAUCUUUUACCUGUUUUAGUUCCAAUAUUGAAAGAAACCUUGUUUCAUCAGGAAUGGGACGUGAAAGAGUCUGGUAUUCUGGCUCUGGGUGCUAUAGCUGAAGGUUGUAUGAGUGGAAUGAUACCUCACCUGAGCGAACUAAUUCCGUAUUUAAUCAGUUGCCUCUCCGAUAAGAAAGCACUUGUAAGGGCUAUCACCUGCUGGACUUUAUCUCGAUAUGCCCAUUGGGUAGUUUCACAGCCUCAUGAUAAUUAUUUAAAACCUUUGAUGACUGAAUUGUUAAAGUGUGUGUUAGACCCUAACAAAAGAGUACAGGAAGCUGCUUGCUCUGCUUUUGCCACCUUAGAGGAAGAAGCAUGUACUGAACUAGUUCCUUAUCUUGGUUAUAUAUUAGAAACAUUAGUUUUUGCAUUUAGUAAAUACCAGCAUAAAAAUUUGUUGAUCCUCUAUGAUGCCGUUGGAACUCUGGCUGACUCUGUUGGGCAUCAUUUAAAUAAACCUGAUUAUAUUAACCUUCUCAUGCCACCCCUUAUUGAAAAGUGGAACAUUCUAAAAGAUGAAGACAAAGAUUUAUUCCCUCUGUUAGAGUGUUUGUCUAGCGUCGCGACAGCCCUCCAAAGCGGGUUCCUCCCUUACUGUGAACCCGUUUAUAAAAGAUGUGUUUCGCUAGUUGAACAAACACUAAAUCAACAUAUUGCUAACACCCAAAACCCUAAUGAGUUUGAUGCUCCUGAUAAAGACUUCAUGAUUGUCUCCUUAGAUCUUCUUUCGGGUUUGGCUGAAGGAUUAAAUGGACAUAUAGAAAAAUUGGUAAGCAACUCUAACAUGAUGCAGCUUUUAUACCAGUGUAUGCAAGACCCGAUGCCUGAAGUGAGGCAGAGCAGUUUUGCUCUUCUAGGAGAUUUAACCAAAGCAUGUUUUCAGCAUGUUCACCCCUGUAUUUCCGACUUUCUCCCAAUCCUUGGUCAAAAUCUCAAUCCUGAGUUGAUUUCAGUCUGUAAUAAUGCAACUUGGGCAAUUGGUGAGAUUUCAAUUAAGCUUGAGGGAGAAGAAAUGCGCCCAUACAUACCAUUAGUCCUUAACCAGCUGAUGGUUAUAAUUAACAAAACUAAUGCUCCUAAAACUCUGUUGGAAAAUACUGCUAUAACAAUUGGGCGGUUAGGGUAUGUUUGCCCACAUGAAGUCGCCCCAAUGCUACAACAGUUUGUACGGCAGUGGUGCACAUCCCUCAGAAAUAUUAGAGAUAAUGAAGAAAAAGAUUCUGCAUUUCGAGGUAUGUGCCAGAUGAUUGCUGUAAAUCCUGGAGGUAUUGUGCAAGAUUUCAUAUUCUUUUGUGAUGCAGUUGCAUCCUGGGCAGCUCCGAAAGAAGAUUUGAAGGAAAUGUUCUCCAAGAUCUUGCAUGGAUUCAAGAAUCAAGUUGGGGACGAGAAUUGGAAGAGGUUUGUCGACCAGUUUCCAGCUCAGCUUCAAGAGAGGAUGUCGGCCAUGUACAAUGUCUGAAGAGAAGGUCAAACGUCUAUAGAACUGGGCAUAUAUUGCGACAGGAACCGCAGCGGGCCGAGGGAAGGGCGGGGGGAAGAGCAAGUAGCCUCUUUAUAUCAACUCAUUUAUUUUAAAAUCAUUUGUUCACGGGGGCCAAAUUUAUCUCUUCUCAACUAGUAAAUUGGUUAAAUCCAUUAUUUUCACUCAGGCAUACUCUAUCUUGAUUUUUAAGUUUAUUUUUUGUAUACAUUAUUUGACAAAUGUUCAUUUUUGCCUUCUUUUUUUUUUCUUUAUAAAGAACAUUAUACCACUGUUUUGAAACAUUUGUUUUAGAAAAGUUGGUGUUUUUUAUUUAACAAAUUUGCCUACCUGUAUGAAAAAUUGAAGGGUUGUACUCUUCUAAAAAAUGGUUAAUCUGAAAUUUUGCUGUUUAAGUAAUUUUAUUUAAGCAGAAGUCAUCAACCAGAGCAUAUAUAAGAAAGAUUUAAAAUGAUCUGAAAAGUGCAACCCUUACAUUUGUUUAACUGUAGUUAUUGUAAAUUGCUAUUUUUUUUUUUUUUUCUUUCAUUUCUGUUGAAAGUACUGAACACUUCCACAUCGGGAGAGAACAGUACAAACUGUGCGCUUGGCUUGAAAACUAACUUAGCUAAAUGUGUGUGUUCGUAACCUGGAAUGUUAUCUUGUCAAUGUUGGUCGACCAAGCGUAGUUUGAAAAAUCUAAGUGUCCAUAUGACAUUGCACUCUUAGAGUGCUCAAGAAAAAAAAAAAAAAAGUAUAUCUAUAUCUAUAUAUAUAUACAUAUAUAUUAUAAAAAUAUAAAAAAAAAAUACAAAAAAAAAGUCCAAGAGCUUGAAAGAUAAAAAAUACAGUGUUUAGGAAAUUUUGAGUUGUUUAUUAUAUUGAUAUUAUAUAUAAAAAUUAUAAAUGUCUUUAUAAAAAGAAAGUGUAAAUGAUCUAGUUUGGAAAAUGCCGCUUACAUUUACAAUUGGUCGUGAUCAAUUUUUAUCUGUAGUCAUAUGUAAAUAAUCUUGUAUUAGUUUUUAAAUCAGAGUCUUUUCAUGUGCCUCUUGAAAAAUAAUGUCACUAGGUGGAAAUUUGGUAAAUUGUGUAAUUGUUCUUCUUGCUUACAGCCAAAGUGAUUAUUUCUUUUUCGUUAAAAUUUUGGUUUCUUUUUGUUAUAUUUUUUAUUUUACCUGCAUGUAAAUCAGAUUGUUUCAUUCGAUAAUAGUUACAGUUACAUAUUCAAGUUAAAUUUUGUAAUAAAGUAAUUGUAUAAAUUAUAAAUAUAGUUUUUAAUUCUA